GGACAUCUUGGAUUGGAGAAAGGGAGAGGGAGGGAACGAGUGACGAGAGGCAGAGAGCUGAGGAGCCCCGGCGGCGAAAGGGAAGUCGUACCUUGCACCUUGGGUGAAAGAGCAACGGCUCUGUGCCGAGGAAGGCAAAUAGAGAGAGAGAAAGGCUGCUGUGAUAAUCAUGGGCCUUGAUGACUGAGGCAGUCUCACCAUGAUCGGAGGACUGUUCAUCUACAACCACAAGGGGGAGGUACUGAUCUCCCGGGUGUACCGCGAUGACAUCGGGAAUAGACGGAAUGCUGUGGAUGCGUUCCGCGUCAACGUCAUCCACGCCCGGCAGCAGGUCCGCUCCCCCGUCACCAACAUUGCGCGCACCAGCUUCUUCCAUGUCAAGCGCUCCAACAUCUGGCUGGCGGCCGUCACCAAGCAGAAUGUCAAUGCCGCCAUGGUGUUCGAGUUCCUCUACAAGAUGUGCGACGUCAUGACUGCCUAUUUUGGAAAGAUCAGUGAGGAGAACAUCAAGAACAAUUUCGUCCUCAUCUAUGAGCUGCUGGAUGAAAUCUUGGAUUUUGGAUACCCCCAGAACUCUGAGACUGGAGCCCUGAAGACGUUCAUCACGCAGCAGGGAAUCAAGAGCCAGCACCAGACAAAGGAGGAGCAGUCUCAGAUCACCAGUCAGGUGACUGGGCAGAUUGGUUGGCGCCGUGAGGGAAUCAAGUACCGCCGCAACGAGCUCUUCCUGGAUGUGUUGGAGAGUGUUAAUCUGCUCAUGUCACCACAAGGUCAAGUCCUGAGUGCCCAUGUGUCCGGCCGGGUGGUGAUGAAGAGCUACCUGAGCGGCAUGCCGGAGUGUAAGUUCGGGAUGAACGACAAGAUUGUCAUCGACAAACAGGGCAAGGGCACCGCAGAUGAGACUGGCAAGAGUGAGUUGGGGGGCAGCGGGAAGCAGUCUAUUGCAAUCGACGACUGCACGUUCCACCAGUGUGUUCGUCUCAGUAAGUUUGACUCUGAGAGGAGCAUCAGCUUCAUUCCCCCUGAUGGCGAGUUUGAGCUCAUGAGGUAUCGCACUACCAAGGACAUUAUCCUGCCCUUCCGGGUCAUCCCAUUAGUCAGAGAGGUUGGCCGCACCAAGCUGGAGGUCAAGGUCGUCAUCAAGUCAAACUUUAAGCCCUCCUUGCUGGCCCAGAAGAUUGAGGUCCGCAUCCCCACCCCUCUCAACACCAGUGGAGUGCAAGUGAUCUGCAUGAAGGGCAAAGCCAAGUACAAGGCCAGUGAGAAUGCCAUCGUCUGGAAGAUUAAGCGGAUGGCAGGCAUGAAGGAAUCCCAGAUCAGUGCAGAGAUCGAGCUGCUGCCUACCAACGACAAGAAGAAGUGGGCUCGUCCCCCCAUCUCUAUGAACUUUGAGGUCCCCUUCGCUCCCUCAGGGCUCAAGGUGCGCUACCUGAAGGUGUUCGAGCCAAAGCUUAACUACAGCGACCAUGACGUCAUCAAAUGGGUGCGCUACAUUGGGCGCAGCGGCAUCUAUGAGACACGCUGCUAACAGCUCGAGAGGGAGAGAGAGGGAAGGAGUGAGGGAGAAGGAGAGAUCUGGGGGAGGGAGGGGAAGGCAGCAGGGUUCCCUGUUCGCAUCACAUCAUGUCCUCUGCUCUCCAGAUCCCUUCCUCCCUCACACCUUUACCCUCUGUCCUUGAGUGCUGGCAACAAGUUUUACAGAGAAAUGAUAUAUAAAUGCAAAACUGGUCCUGUGGAAAAUGUUCCAUCACUGAAGAAUUCUGAAUGACAGAUCAGGACUCUCUCUAUGCCAGGGGGUGUGUACCAGGAGAGAUGCAAACCCCCCUUCCCAUCCCCCACCUUCCAAUCUGUAAACCAGAGAAAGGGGCUUCACAGACACAUGCCCACCCUGCCCUCAUCAUCUCUCUGCGUUAAUCCUGAUUUUGUUCAUUUUAAUUUUUUAAUGCCCUAAUUCCCUCUUUCCCAGCGAACAGUUACCCUGCCCCUGGCCUGCUGCUGUUAUAGGAUGCAGUCAUCCCUCUCCCUCCCCCAGCCUGUCCUCUCUCUCCAUCUGUGUCUUAUUGAAGUAUAACUUUCUCUCUUCCUGUCUCCCCCUGCCAACCUGCUCUCCCCAUCUCUGUGUAACCGUAUCGUAGAUCUAGUGUUUAGUCAGCAACUGGACGCAUCAGUAUGGAGUUAUAUUUUUUUUAAGUAGUUGUUCUGGAUUUUUUUUUAUUCUCUUCCCUCUACAAGCGUGACAUUUAGGGAUAGUCGCAAUGUGAUGGCAAAGUAGCACAUUCUGCGCAGAGAAGGGUAAUUCCCCCUUCUCGGAAUCCCUCAUUCCGUGUUUUUUUCCUUCUCCCCCUAUCUUUAGCCUAUUUCUCUCAAUAUUAUGAUUGUCUAGUACUUAUAUACUGUGGUUUUCAGUUUUCAGUGCUACAGUGUUUCACUCUCGUGACCAAAUUCUCAGAAUGUUAAGGAAAAAGAAAUAAAAAUCUGUAUGUUUUUUUUUUUAAAAAGCUGAGCAGCAGCGCUAUGGUGGGAGUUUUCUCGUUUCCGUGUGACAGUUCCAGUUGGCCUGGUAUGUACGUGUGUGCAGGCAUCAGCUGUGGCAGCUCUCUGGCCAUCUCUCAUCUGAGCUGUGGACAGGGUCUCCCCCCACACUGCCUGCCCGACCAAAAGGACUGUUCUAAAAUCUUGAUCACUGCAGAACACUACCCCAGCCCCCCUGGUUAUCAUUCACCUAAAUCCCUUAGGUCCUCUCCCACUUCUUGCUGUGUAUGUAGGCUUAGUCUGUUGAGUGUUGUGGGGUUUGCGUGCCAAGAGGCACUAGCCUGUGUUUCAGUCACAGCUGACCAGGUUGUUCACCUCCCUGUGGUGCUCCACCCAGCAAUCCGCCUGGCAGUGCACUGGAUCUUUCCUUCCACUUGCCAGGGCAGGAAUUGCAGCCACUGCAGAAACAGUGAGUCAAGUGAGUGGUGGAGUCACUAUCACAGUUUUCCCAGCCAGUCAUUUCACAGCCUUUUAACAGCAUUCACAGAGUGCUGCUAAGGGGUUACUACCCUGGAAAUAUUCAGAGGAUUUAACUAUUGAUCCAAGUAGCUUAUUUGCCACCCAGUCUGACUAUACUGUCCUGUGUGAGAGUGGUAGCAAAACUCCAUUCUUGUUUCACAUGGUUUAACACUACAUGCCUCUUGCUCACAACAGUCCUUACUCCACCUACGCUUGCAAGUACACACACUCUCUCGACCCAAGAUUGGGUCUCGGUUGCCCACUCUCCUACUGCAGCUCUUUGCCCUGCGGUCAUGCUACGCACCAUCCCUCUGUGAGAGAUUGUCAGUGUGCUGCCUGCACCAGCGCCCUUUGCUUCCGUGUUUGAUCUCCAUUUGGUAACUUUGUGAUCGUCCAGUUAAUCCUAAUAAAACAUUAUAGAACCACUCUA